CGUGAUUUGACCUUGCAACUGGCUUGAAUCCUUACCGGCGUUAUGUGUUUAAGGUCACAUUAGAUACCUAGUUUGCCUCUUUAAUGACCAAAAAGGUCAACGUUAAUUUCGAAGGGAAUUUGUCUUCUCUCUUAUCUUGUGACUGUAAUGUUAAUGAACCUGGAAGAGUGGCUUUUGUCUCUGGCAUCAAAGAAAAUAACAAAAUUUGUUACGGAGAGUACACGGAAGUCAUCAAAUCUUUAAAAGAGGUUGUUGAUAAAUGUUUGUUCACUUGGGAGACUUUCCCUGUACAACUUCCUAAAUCAUUCUUGUCUUUAGCAGCUUACGAAGAUUUAAAUAUAUCGGACCUCUUCUAUGAUAACAAAGUUGAAAAGUGUGAGGCGGCUGCCAGAAUAUGUUUUCGAGAUUUAAAUGUCGUAAAUAAAAGUCAACGACAGGAAAUCCAUACAGACGCACAGUUCAUUGUGCCUUGCACAACAUUCACGGGUGAAGUACAUGCAUGGAAAAUCUCUCCUUGGCUUCUGAAAGGAACUCGAAAUAUUUACAAACAUUUUAAUAGAGAUUUAUAUAAAGCUUUGUCUGUAGUGGUGGUAACUUCUAUGAAUUUCAUUGAAAGUCCGAAUUUCUCCAUCUCUCGAUCAUUGGUUGAUUUAUGCAUCUCCGUCUACUCUAUGCUAGAUAUCUUUUUUGGAUGGCCUCGAGUCAAUAAUGGUGAUGUAGAUCUCAAGCUGCUUGAGGAACGACUUGGGUUUCUGAUAUGUGAGCUGUCCGUUAAAUCUAGUCAAAAGAAAAAAGUACUAGACUUUUGGAGUAUCUGCGAACAUCUAAGUAAAUUACCUUUUGGAAAGUGUGAGGAAAUUCCAGAAAACAUUCCGUUACCGUAUCGAUUUUUAACACCAAAUCGUGUCUCAGUUGAUCUUCGUCUUCAUGAUCCCGUUCUGCUUGAACGCUGUUUACAUGUGAUUGGAGAUUUGGAGAAUUCAGUGCGAGGAGAUUGGUUCCAAGAUUUUAAAGAAUAUUCUGUCUCACAGUUUAGAGAUGAAAAGAAAUCAGUAUCUGAAGUUAAAAGGUUAGUUUUACUGGAUGGUAUGAAACAGUAUGCAAUACGACUAUUUGAUGCCAUUCGUCAAAGUGAAGCGUUGCAUGAAAUUAGUCCAGGGAUAGCUGAACCAUUAAUUCAAGAAGCGAAAUUCAAGUUAAUUGUGACAGAAGCUAAAGAACUAUUUAUGCAAAAUUGGCUGUCAUACUGUCAGUCGUAUGAACGAAACUUAAAAUUAAACAAUCCUGUUUUAUUUAAUAUUCCUAAAUGGCGUUCAAAACAGUGGUAUUAUGCAAAGGCGGAAUACCUUCAAGAGCAUAAGUUGGACAUUCAUGAAUACGUUUUAUCGAAAUGCAUUUCAAAUGGUUUAGAAUCUUAUGCUUUUUUAAUUGGCCGUGAUUUAGCAUUUUUAAAAGAUCGUGAAUGUUUCCUACGCGAUCAAAUAUUUAAAAGCGCCAGAUUUCCAGAUGAAGAGUUCAUUUUUCAAGUUUCACGACGCUGUCUUCGUAAUGUUUAUGUAUAUCGUGAGGACUUUAGCUUAUCAAAUCCUUAUCAACUUGUAGAUACAAUAUUGGUCAGCUAUGAUUCUGAUAAAGAUUCUCCUGAUAAACUACCUACAAUUAAGCAACAUAUCAAAAGAAACAAAACUCAGAAUUGUACAACUGAAGUUAUUCCUUUGAUGUACCGAUUUCCGCGCAGUUCUUUUGCUAUGAAUACGUCCAAGACCAAUAAAGGUGAUAAUUUCUCGUCUCAUGGUGACUUCUUUACUGAUAACAUUGUAGCAUCAAAUACAGACUUUUCAAAUAUUUUAAAUUCACCUGAUCAUCGUUACCGAGACCCUUUACUCCCACCCAAGAGCAGUACUGACCAUGUGAAUUAUUCGCAAUCAAAUUUUGUCAUGCAAUCUACGUUAGUGUUAAAAGCUUCGACACGUCAUUUUAUGUGGCGUUGGCUUGUUUUCUUUCUAUGCACUUAUUCAUGGCUCAUCCGUUCAUCGCAAUACUUUUUUGUCAUUAUCCCUUUCCAAUCAUGUGUCAGCUACGUGGUAUUGUUCAAGCCGACGUCAAUCUAUUACAUGUACAAAGUAGAUAAAAAUUCAGGUUAUGUAUAUCAUGACAAAGCAUAUUAUAAUCAUACUUUAAUCAGCUUUCUUCGUCAAAUGUGGACUACACUACGUAAAAAUAGGCAAAAUUUUGACCAUCAAUUGUUAUCAACUGGGAUUUUUCGAUGGUAUAUAAUACGACCAAUUCAUUGGAUCUGGACGUAUAUAAUUUGUGGUGUCUUGACAACCAUGGUUCUAAUAAUAUUUUGGCCUACACUAUGUAUUUUAUGCUCUACCACUUCAAUAGUAGUCGGUGUGCUAUCGAUACCUGUGAUACCAUUACUAUCAUUACUUGCACAUUUACUUGGUUUACUGUUUUGGAAUGCAUACACACCGGUUCUUGGUUCUAAUCGUCUACUACCAUUAUUCGAGAUUAUUAUUUACCAAUUCUUGUUAAAAUCGAUCGUGCAAUUUUUAGUCAGUGUACUGUGUGCAUUUAUAUUAUGCCCUAUAUGGUUCAUACUUCAUCUUUUAUUCACCGUAACCAAAUAUCUACUGUAUACUUUGUGGGAUGCUUUCGUAUUUCACUUCGUGUUCAAACUAGUCACUCGUAUACCAUGUCAAGAGAAUUGUUCUGUAAAACGUUCUAAUGAUCCUAAAACUGUGCGAAGCAUUUGCUUACUGGCUCGACCUGAAGACAUUUUGAUUAUACUUAAUGUGCAAUUAGAAUAUUUGGAACUGAAUUUAUGGAAAAGCCAAAUGGAAUCUAUGGCAAAGAAGCCUAUCACUGUAUACAACGAUUUUUUACAAUCAUUAUCUUCCCUACCUAUAUCUGUGUUAUCGGACAACACUGUCGCCGAUACAUUAAAUACCAAAACUCGAUGUUGGCUCAACCUAAUAGAAAAGAGUUAUAAUAGGCGUGCCAAAGCUCUUGAAGUUCAAUCCAAGUCGAAAUUCUUUCGACGCAUAAAGUUAUCUGAUCGAAAUUUAAAAUUAACUCUUGAUUUAGGCUCCGAGUUAACUAAAUGUUUCUAUGAAUUGCGGAUUCUGCCUCGUAUACAUUUAUUGGAACGACGUAUUGAUGAUUGGUGGUCAGAAUUUCAACUUGAUGAAAAUGAUUUCACUGGUCUAUGCAGUUAUUUGCUAAGAAAUGCAUUCGGUGAACAGAUUUUCAGCUGUAUUACAGAAAAGAAUAUUACCAUCCCAUUACAGACUCGUGAUGCUAGUCUUGGUCACCGAUUCCGUGAAUUGAUACUUUCGAAUUUAAGCAAACAAAUUUGUGGUUCUUCAGCACAUUCAGUACAUGGAAACGAGGUUCAGUCAGUUACUGUAGAAUCUGUUAACCAUUUGGAAGAAGAAUCCUGUGAUCUCAUUGAAUUAGAUAAUGAAGAUGAAUCUCUUUCAUUAGGAAGUGAUAGUUGCGCCUCUAAACGGGAAAGAUUAUCACAACGUUGUACAGUCAUAGCUGUUUCGAGCAAGCAGGAACAUAGUGACAAUAAUAUAAGUAAUUGUAAUAAUGUGGUUUCAAGUUCGAAUUUCCCAGUCGAUUCUCAUAAUUCAGUUACUGAAACAUCUUGUGAUCCAAAUAGUGUUUAUGUUUCGCCUAUCGUACACAGCACUGUGCAUUCAGGAGGAUAUGAACCCAAUCUGAUGAAGCCUUCAAUUAUUGAUCCGAUGUCUCUUAUUCACAUUGAUUUACCAAAUUUUCCUCUAUCAGUUUUUGCACCAAGAACAGUUCGAACUCUUCCAUCUCCUCUGAAAUCUUGUUCUAGACAAAACGUCCCAUCUGUUGAGAAAAGUACUCGCAAUCAUAACACAUCAAGUCAGUGUUCUUGUAUAUCACUAACAAAAACCUAUUUGGAGAGUGAUUUUCAUAAAUAUCUAGCUGAAACAUGGUCUGAUCAAUCGUUUGAUGAACUAAACUCCUUAGAGUCUGAUCCAUUAAUGCAGCACAAAGGAGCAAUGCAGUCUCAUCAUCAUAAGUAUUCAGCAGCUAAACGUCUGUUAUCCAGUUGGACAAUAUUGACUUCAGGCGACAAUGUUACUAAUGUGGACGAUAUUAGUACCAAUACAUGCGAUAAAGAUGAAAACCAGGAAUUACAUGAUAAAAUUCGUUCUUUGUUAAGACUUGGAAAUGAAGAAAAUCAAUGGUGUUAUUGCUGUGACCAUUUGUCUACAAGGAAUUCGGCUACCAUGUCUAAUAUUGACAAGUCUAUUUUUGCAUUUCAGAACGUUAUUCAGCAUAUGGCACGAGUUUAUCAUCCAUGUAUUAUCACACUGCUAAUGCAUUCAAGUCUGAUUUCUAUGGUGACCGGGAUACUAUUGAAAUGUGGAUAGAUCAAAUUUAUUUAUCUAUCAAUAUUUGGUAGACAGACCAGUUACAUCACUGCUUAGUUCGUUUCUAAUGUCAUGUUGAUCUGUAGUUUUUAAAUAAUAAACAAGUCAAAAGGUAUGAAAGGCAACUGAGUAUUUACACCGUAAAUGUGUUUAGAAGAUCGUGAAAACACUGUACUCGAUGUGAACCAUCCAUUGAUUCACAAACUGAUCCAUCAAAUCACUAGACCAAAAGCACAAAUGAAGUUAAUUAAAAAAAUUCAUGCUCACGAAAACAUUGUCGUGAGUGAUUUAACUGGUUAUUUGGAUUCUUCAUCUCAUAAAUCUGAUGGACAGUACGGUUGUUUACGUAGAAAUGAUGGUUCCAAUAUGAAUAGUAUGUCACUAGAUACCAUGAAUAAUGCAUCAAAUGAUAUUUUGCCUUAUUUUAAACAACCAAAACACUCUCAACAAUUUCUCAAGUCACCGAUCUCUACUAGUGGACUGAUACAUCAUCCUGAUUCAACCGCUCAUUAUAGAUGGUAUUCUAAUGUAAAUGUUAGUUUUACUAACCCUCAUUUUACUAAUAUCAGUAAUAAUGAUUGUAUUAAUAAUGUUAUGAAUCAGUCGUUGCAUUUUCAGCCAAACUGGUCAAAAAAUCACUCAUCACAUGAAGGAAUCUAUGAUUUUGCACAUUCACAACAAUAUUUUAUUCCUAUGAACGAAAUGGCUAAGAAAAGUAAUAAUAAUUAUGACAAUCAGAUCACUGUUAUUAAUGAUAAUAACUUACUUAAUGCUUAUAGCUAUAGAAAUUCAAAAUGCUUUUGGUCUGGUCUUGAGAUUCCAACGAAUAAUCAUGAGGAUAAAGAUUUUUCAGGUGGAACACCAACACCUAGUUUAUAUGGCACUGAAGAUGCAGCUACAACAGAUGAUUUAGACGAGACUGAAGAUAUCCUAUCCAUGUCAAGCAGUGUACAUCAUUCUGAAUUAGUUGAUAAUUUGCUUAAUAUAACUACACAGGAACAAGACAUUAUAAAUGACAUCAGCAAUCCAACUGCUACUCGUCCAUUGCGUUUACCUUUAGCUAUACCAGAAUUACUAACAAUAUCAGCAACUACGGCCGGUAGUGGAGAUACUCAAAGUCAAUUGGAAAGUGAAAUUAUUGAUGAUUGUUCUUCGUUUGGUUUAACAAGUUCACGGUUGUCGAAUCCUAGACAGUCAUUAUCCUUCACUAUUGAUCCAUUGCCAUGUAUUCAGUCAGUGCAAUCAAAAUCUAUUCAACUUGAAUCACAUGAAGUACUAAAAAUCCCAGCUACAGAAUGUGCAUGUAGUCCAGUUGGUAAUUCGAAUAUGUUUUUUGAUUCCAGCCCAGCUGAAACUGUGAUUAUUAAUGGAAUGUUUGGAACUAGUAAAUCCAGCAGUCACCUAUUACUUCAAGAUCAAGACAUACAGUCAAUUGAAGAAAAUAACUCAAAUUUCAGUUCUAAUAUUUAUUACGAUAACAAUGAACAACAUGAUACAAAAGACAUCAGUCAGAUUGAAUCGGAUUCAACCGUACUGAAUGAUCAAAUUAAGAUUUUUGAAAUGGAUAAUGUUGAUGAUGAGGAAUGUGUGGAUGUUGAGCAUAACACUUUGAAAACUGUGAUCAAAUUGUUCUGAAUUGACCAGUGAUCUGGGUUUCUCGUUUUCUUACAUAUGUUCUCCUUUGAAGUGAUUUUUUAGCAUAUAUUUAUUUAUACACUUUACGUGAAUACAACUUUCAAAGAAAUUAAUAUCCAUAUUCGUAGCCAGGACUAUGCGGCUCGAAAUUAUGAUUGUUUGUGUCAUCAUGAGUGUGUAACAGCUAACUGUUCAUUCCUACUGUUAUUAUUAUCGUUUAUAUAGUUUAUCUAAUUAGCAGUUCAAUUCUUUUAUUUAGCCCAAAAUAUAGUUACCUUAUAUCCUUUACAUCUUGUUUAAUUUUCAUAUGUGCUGUUUUUCUGAAUAUGAUAUAUUAUUGGGAAUCAACAUAUUUACACCUUCGUUUUUUUCCAAGAUUCCUUAUUACUGUUGUUGCUUAUUAACACUUUCCAUUUUUGUUCUCAUUACUUUCAUGUAAAUUCAGUUCCCUCUCCUUGUUCUCUUUCGCCCGCAUUUUUCGCUGUUGUGACUUCCCUUUUAUUCUUUAUAUCUCAGUCUAUGGUGGUUUUUUGCCUCUAUGAAUGAAAUGCUUCUCUUAUUCACUCCAUGAGAAAUACUAAUAGUUGCUCUUCAUUCUAUUUUUAUUUCGUUUAAAUAGUAUUAUGUUGGUUCAGUAAAAUAAAUUCCUUUAUUUCCUUGAUAACUGUCGAAUUCAUAAUAUAUUUUGUUAAUAGUGAAUUAGGUUUCAGUAGCGCUGUCUUU